AUGCUUCUGAGAGGUCUGGGGAAAGUGACAGCCAGCACUGAGCAAAGUGUAAAUGCCCAAGCUGCCCUGGCAGAGGACAGAGGAAGGAGCAAAGAGGCCGAUGAACGUGGGCCUGCAAAGAUGAACAAGUUCUGUGACUCCGGACACCCACCAGAGGUAUUCCCCAGCGUCCACCGAGGCCAUCAGAAACAUGCUGCAGAAGGGGUGCCAGGAAUGCUGAGAAGGAUGCGCCUUAACAUCUACAGUCAGAAGUCAAGAAUGGAGGAGCAGGAGGCUGAGAGCACUCUAAAUUUCUUUGAGGAGGCAUUAGAUGAAGAAGAAAAUGUGGUUCUUACAUUAGUUCCAGUUAAUGAAGAAAUUGUUGAAGAGUAUCAAAUGGAACCAGGUAUUUCUUCAACUUCAGAAGCCGACCUGGAGCCACUGAGUACAAACGAUCAGGUUCAUCUUCCUCAAGUGAAUGAACAGUUCAAAGCAUGCCCCAAAUCUAGCUGUAGUAAACCCAUCUUUCCCUUGCCAACCACUUUGCCUCCAGUUAACAAAGUGAGUCGGGACACUUUGCGGAACUGGUGCCAACAACUUAAUUUAAGUACAGAUGGAAAGAAAGUAGAGGUUUAUCUGAGACUCCAGAAACAUGCUUAUCCUGGAAAAAAUCAGUAUGUUCCUCAGUCAUCACAGGAGGCCAGAUUGCAGUCAUGUUCAAGGAAACACAAGAUGGUGACCAAGAGAGCAAGCACUGGGAAAAGUAAGAGGAGCGAGAGGGAGGAAGGGACCAACGUGGUUGAAGUGAUAACUUCAGCUCAGGAAGCUAUGUUGGCAGCAUGGGCAAGAAUCGCCGCAAGAGCCGUUCAGUCUAAGGCUGUGAAUUCACGUCCGGUUCCUUCUUCUGUGGAGACUUUUCUGCCACAAGCCGCUGGUGUCAGGUGGUGCGUGGUCCACGGCAGGCCUCUCCUGGCAGACACAGAAGGCUGGGUUCGCCUGCAGUUCCAUGCAGGUCAGGCCUGGGUUCCAAACACUCCCAGGAGGAUGAUCUCUCUCUUCCUGCUACCUGCCUGCACUUUCCCAUCCCCACACCUGGAAGAUAAUAUGUUAUGCCCUGAAUGUGCUAAGAGGAAUAAAAAAAUAAUGAAAAGAUUAAGUGCAUUGGGGGAGAAGAAGAAACGCAGUUUGAACACAUCAACAUCAUUCCUCUUAGAUGGGCCAUGUCCUAAUAAAAAAUAA